CAGCGAGCAAAACGACAACUUAUUACCCUUGUGUCAUUGUGUAGGUACACUUGAUAGAGCUCACGGAAGAUUGCGACAUGCGCGCGAAUUCGUUUGAACGAGCGAAAGAUUCAGGGUGCGUGCUCUUGUGGCACCUACGAGGAGCAGACUGAGGUGGGCUACCGUCUACGUAGGCAGAAAGUAGGUACGGAGUAUUAGUAGAUACCUACAGCGUACGCAGGUAGUCUACGCGUGUCACUCUAUCCCAUACCUACCCCACGAGGGCACGGGCAGACUCGUGGGCGAACAGAGCUGGCCAUAGCGGCAGUCAAGACGGUUUGAUUGAUUCGUGAAGAAGAAGCGGGAAAUGACGAAGAACCUUGGGCUCGGUGACAUUAUGAUUAAGAGUUUCAUGAGCCAGUGGGCAUGGCGUCGCUGGGCACAACAAACACAGGCCCAGUUCGUCAUUGUUGUGAUAUUUGGAUCUGCAGCCGCACGGUACGAAAUCGUCGAUGGCUUUGCAAAAUGGAAGAAAAGGGAAGAGAGGAUGCAAACAAACGAUAGGUAUGGAUGUGAUUGACGACGUCGACGCUCUGGAUGAUUGAAUCGGCUGAAGAGGCGCGAGGAGGCAUUAUGCAUAUACGCAGGGUGUGAGCAUACGCUGUUGUUCAGCCGAUGUGACACGGCAGUAUAAAGCGCACGAUAGGCUCACUUGGACAACUGAGGUCUGACGAUAGAUCAUAGUGAACUUUAUAAUAUUUGCGAGGUUGAAUUGAAUGAAUCUGUAUGGUGUGGUUGAUGGACGAGGAAGUGGAAGUAUUGUGCGAGUACACAGUACGGAGAACCUUCACAGCGCAGCGUGUUUGUGUAUGAGACUUGGAGUUGAGGGUUGCGUUGGGGUCGUUUUAGAGCUAGAACAAGGGGUUGGGUUGGACCAAUAGGAACUCUAGACCUGGCCGUAAUCUGAUUAGCGCGUUUCUUAGUGUCAGGGGUAUUCUUUGUACCGCAGGUGGAGUCGAAUGAGG